AUGUCCGAAUCAGAGGAAAACGAUCAGAUUUCCCAAAAUGAAGUGACUUCCUCCAACACAAACGCAAAACCUAAAAAAGAUUGGUCGAGCGUUUGUGAUGUUCGCGAAGGAACUCCGGUAUUCGGGACUCGUAUCUUGGAUAAUAAGGAUAACGUAUGGAAUCAUAAUGCUUGGGAUAACGUACAGUGGGAUGAAGAACAGGAAAAGUCGGCGCUGGAGCAAGUUCGUAGACAAGCCGUCAAGUCGAUGUUACCUGAAGAGCAAGAAAAAUAUCACCAACAAGCAGCUGAAUACUGGAAUGACUUUUAUCGUCAUAACGAAAACAAAUUCUUCAAAGAUCGCCAAUGGUUGAAAGUCGAAUUUCCUGAACUUGUCGAAGCUACAAAGUUAGGGUGUGGCGCCGGGAAUACCAUGUUUCCAUUAUUGGCCGAGAAUAAAAACCCCGAAUUAUUCAUUUACGCGUGUGAUUUUGCCUCGAAUGCUGUCGAUGUCGUUAUGAACAAUCAAGAUUAUGAUCCCAGUAAAUGUAAAGCAUUCGUUUGGGAUUUGACCAGCGACAGAAUACCGGAAUGUAUAGAACAGGGUAGUCUAGAUAUAGUGGUGUUGAUUUUCGUCAUGUCGGCUAUACGCCCCCAAGAUUGGAACCAGGUUAUAGAAAAUGUCUACAAGAUGCUUAAACCUGGUGGUCUUGUUCUUUUUAGAGAUUAUGGCAGGUACGAUAUGGUACAGUUAAGGUUUAAAGAAGGUCGGAUGAUUUCCGAUAAUUUUUACGCUCGUGGCGAUGAGGAAAUUGAAGCUCUAUGGGGCACAAGGUUUACACUUGAACAAAAUGCCGUAGACAGGAGGUUAAUAGUGAACCGGCAUAGGAAACUUCAAAUGUAUAGAAUUUGGUUACAAGGAAAAUUCAGGAAAAGGGAGAGCUAA